AGGAAGUGGUUUCACUUGGCCAAUUCCUGGAGUGACAGUAGAGUCGAGUCAAGUUUUUGGCGCCGUUGCCGGGGACGGCUAGGUUGUUGAAGAAAAGUGAUUUCUGUUAAUUUAGCUUUUCUUUUUGCUUUGUUUGCUUUGUCCCACUUGUGCCUUCACGGGUUUGCUUGCUUGAGUGUGUGCAGGUAGUGCAUGACCCGUAGCCAGUCGGGAGGUUUACUGCCGUUGAAACCAGAGAUUGACCGCACCUGUCGCCAACUCAGGAGACAGCAGCGAGCUAGACUGGCUACGGAAGAGCGCCUAGACGGCCACUUGAGUAGCGAUUCUGAAGAAGAGUACGAGAUGGACGGAGACUACAAUCAGCACCAGGGGAAUCCUCAGCAGGCUCCCCCGGUGAAUCAGGUCCUGGGGAACAACCCCAUACCCCAGGAUCAUGGAGUUCAUCAUCCACCGCAGCCGGGUCCCACCUUGGAGUACUACUACACUCCUCGGAUUGCUGACAUCCGCCCGGUCAUCCUCUACCCGCCUAUUCCAGCAAACAACUUUGAGAUCAAGCCAUGCUGGAUUCAGCUCAUUACAUCCUCUAUCCAGUUCCAUGGCUUGAAGGAUGAGGAGGCCAGGGUGCAUCUUUCCCGUUUUCUGCAGCUGACGAACGGGUUCAAGUUGAAUGGUGUCCCGGAUGAUGCAAUCCGCCUUCAUCUCUUCCCCCAUUCUCUGGCGGGGAAUGCUAAGAGGUGGUUGGAGACCCAGCCCCCAUUGUCCAUCACCUCUUGGGACGAUCUGGCUGACAAAUUCGUGCACAGGUACUAUCCGGCAUCGAAGACUACAGAGAUUCAGCGGGAGAUCACUCACUUCUGCCAGGAGCCAGAUGAGUCACUUCAUGAUGCAUGGGAGCGGUACAUGGGAUAUUUCUGGCAGUGUCCCCACCAUGGCUUUAGUGAUGCAUUCACAGUGGGGAAUUUCUACAGUGCUCUCUCUCCAGACAGCCAGAGGGUGAUUGAGUCUCUAUGCCCAGGAAGGGAUGUUCUCACUAAGACUCCACCCGAGCUGAACCAGAUGAUUGAUACAUUGGCUGCCAGAGAUCAUUCCUGGGGGCAGAGCAGCAAAGGCAGACAUUCCAGGGACCGUGGUGUGCACGCCAUGGAGACCAGAUCCGGGCUCGAGCAGCAGGUAGCUGAGCUAGUGCAGACACUGAAGCAGCCCAACAGUCUUAUUCCAGGCAGAGGUUUGGCUACACCUCCAGUUGCUCAGUGUCAGUGGUGUGAGAGCUCCAAUCACCUAGUGGAGGACUGCCAGGCUAUGAGGGAGUCUACCACACCCCAGGAGCAGUUGGCCUUCAUCGCCAAUGCGUGGCGCCUCGAUCCAUACAGCACUACAUAUAAUGAGGGGUGGCGCCAGCAUCCCAACUUCGCCUGGAGCAGCAACACCACUAAACCACCUGGUUUCCCAGCACCAGCAGGUGGGUUUCAGCAGAGGCAGCCCUUCCAGGCUCGCCAGGGGCCAGACCCACAGCAGCAGCCCUACCAGCCUAGGCAGGGGCAGCCAUUCCAGCAGCCCCAGCGCCAGUUUGCCGAGCCAGCAGCAGCUCCAGCUCCAGAUGACAGGAUGACGAAGCUGGAAAACAUUCUAGCUUCAUUCAUGACGAGCACUCAGGCGACUAUCACGAGGUUGGACCAGAGUGUAGCCUCACUGGAGGCAGGUCAGAGGAACCAGGGUGCAAUUUUGCAGGAUCUACAGACCCAGGUGGGCAUCUUGGCCCGCCAGAACACCACCAGGGCACUGGGGACUUUGCCUGCCACCACUGUCCCGAAUCCUCGAGAUCCUCACCAGCAUCAGCAGCUGGAUGCCAUUUUUACCAGGAGCGGUAAGACCAUAUCUGCUGAUCAUGUCCCGGCCAGACAGGAGGAACCACUGCCUGCUUCAGCACUUCUAGCCGACGAUGCAGAAGUGCGGGUGGAGAAGGAAGCCCCUGCUCCCAAGCCACAACCAGUUAUUAAGGAGCAUGUGCCCCAGCUUCCCUUCCCCACUCGCCUACAUAAAGACAAGCUGGAGACUGAGUUUGCCAAGUUUAUGGCAAUGUUGAAGCAGCUCAACAUCAGCAUACCGUUUGUGGAGGCACUGUCGAAGAUGCCCAAGUAUGCCAAGUUCAUGAAAGAUCUCUGCACCAACAAGAAGAAACUUGGGGAUCUCUCGACAGUGUUUCUGAGCGAGGAGUGUUCUGCUAUCCUGCAGAACAAGCUGCCCGAGAAGCGCAAGGAUCCAGGGAGUUUUACUAUCCCUCUUACUAUUGGCAGCAUGCAUGUAGGAAAGUCCUUGGCGGACCUAGGCGCUAGCAUAAACGUCAUGCCAUAUAAGUUGUAUAAAAAGCUAGACCUAGGUGAACUUAGCCCUACUAGGAUGAGCAUUCAGUUAGCUGAUCGUUCUAUCGUGCAUCCUAGGGGAAUCAUAGAGGAUCUGCUUGUUAGUGUUGGUGCAUUCACAUAUCCUGUUGAUUUUAUUAUUCUUGAUAUACAUGAGGAUGUGGAUGUACCUUUGAUUCUGGGUAGACCCUUUCUUGCCACCGCCAAGGCACUUAUUGAUGUGCAUGAUGGUAAGUUGAUCUUGAGUGCUGGGGAUGAACAGGCUACUUUUUCUGUGACUGAAUUUGAUCACUGUGCUAUGAUUGCUGUCACGCCUGUGCAUGCCAUUUCUGAUCAGGUACACGAGUCUGUCGUGUACCCUUCUGCACCUCCUAUUUUGCAGGACCCUCCUAUCAUUCCUUCGCCGCCACUCCAUCCAGCCUCGCCUCCGAACAAAAAGCUCAAGGAGGAGUGGCGGCCGAAGCAGCAGGUUGCUAAGCCUGCGCGGAAGAAGAGUGGAGACCACUAUGAGCUGGUCCCACCUCCUGCACCACGACCACCCUGGCCGUCCGGGUACUCACUCGCCUGCAUCUUGCCAGAUGGGCAGGUCGAGCUGACUGAUGAUAGUGGUCGCAUCCGUCGGGUGCAUGGCCACAACCUGAAGCUGUACCUCAAGGGCGACGUGGAUUCGCUCUUGGAGGCACCUGUUCCUGCACCGCCCUGAGUAUCCACCAUGGGCGUCCAGCUACACGACGGUAAAGAAGCGCUUGUGGGGAGGCAACCCCACCACGGUUUGAUUUUCUUUCCUGUGUUUUGAGUCGGAUUGUAACCCGGUUUGGGUUUGGUUUGUUUUUCUUUUGGUUUGGAUGAUGUUUUAUUGGGCUGACCAUUGAACCUAACAUAUUGUGUUUGAGCUCUUCUGUUUCCCUUUGGCUGUGCUUGCCCCGACUGGCCCGCUUCCAGUCUCCUGUAGUCCGUGCAUACCGGUAACAUCGUUCCCCUUAUCCUUCCCUCUUCUCCAUUGAGGGCAAUGUCGAGCUUAAGUGUGGGGGGAUGUUUAUCUUUUGACUGCAUUAGAUCUGUUUGUGUGCUUGGAGCCUAGUCCACUGUCCAAAUUUUUAAAUUUGAGGGCUCCAAGUACGUGUUUCCUUGCAAUUGCCUGCUCAGUAUGCUUUGAAUUGACAGUCUUUAUAGUAAUAUGCAACCUAGGGAGGUAGUGUAGCACUAUGGAGGAUGUUGAUGCAUUUAAGAAGUCUCAUUUCUUCUUCAUAUUGAGUUGGUUGAUUGAGUGAAUUAGUGAUCUUAGGACCCUUGAAUUGUGUGGUGUUGUGGAUUCUCUACCUGUCAUGGACUCUUGUAUCAUGUUUUGAGUUUAACAGGUGCUCGAAAAUGUGCUUCCAAAUAAACGUCUCCCGUGCGAAUAGGGCGAAAGUGUGUAAGGGGAGACGGGAAUUCGUUCCCAAUUUCCACCUACUACCUCCAACCCCCUUACAUGUCUUUCCCCCGCACAAGGCUCGAGACAUCCACUCCUGGCAUGGCCGGUAAGAGCAGGUUGGGACCCUUGAAAAGAAAAGAAAAGAAAAAUAACAGAAAACAAGCAAAACAGAAAAAAAAGGGGUUCCAACCAUCUUCAAAGAAAAUUGAGCACCUUGAAAAAUGUGAGUCCAUGAUCCUUUGUUUUUUAGAAUCUCUCCAUCCACGAUUCAUUUGUCCUCUGUUCACUGUUUGCCAUGAUGCUGACUCGCCGAAGAAGCUAUGAGAUGACUUGUGCGUCGGUUGACCUCGUAAGUUGCUAAAUGACCUAGGAAGUCCUCUACCUACGAUCUGGGUUGUUUGUUGCUAUAGAGGUCUGGAGAGUUGCAUUGGUUUGAGUGAGGUUUGCUUGGGGACAAGCAAACGGUUAAGUGUGGGGGAGUUUGAUAACGAUGUAAUUGCACAUGUUUGCGCCCCUAGUUCUUAUCCGUUUGAGGGGCAUAGUCGUGUGUUUUGGCCUAUUUUACGCCGGGUUGUGCUAUUUUGUCAUGUUUCAGGUCCCAGGUGUCAAAGGGAAGGCUAAGCGCGAGUUUCGGGGCAUUCGGAGGUCAUUUCGUCAAGCUGGAGCCAAAACACGAGCACACCUAAGGCAUUACACGGCCGUGUUCCUGUGGCCGUGCUUUUUAUGCCGAGAGCAAAUUCGAUUUGGCAAAUUCAGCUGCAAACACGGGCACCAAAGCACGGCCGUGUUCCACCAAAGCACGGCCGUGUCCACCGCGAAGCACGGCCGUGUUUCCCCCCAACUGCUGGCCGUGUAAUUAACCUUGGCCGAGACACGGGCGGACUCAGGCAAAGCACGGCUGUGUCCUCGACCGUGCUUUGGCCACUGAUGCUUUUAAGCAGAUUUUCAGCCACAAGUCAAGGGGAUUCGAGUUUUUGAGAGAUAGAACGAUUCCUAGAGAGAGAAAGUGACGAACAAGAGUCUCCAAGUGCCCUAGAUUGAUCAUCAACACCAUUGGAGGCUAGCUUGAGCUUGGAGAAGUGCCGAUCAACGUACAGAAGCAGGAAUCCAUCCUUCACAGUAUGAAUUCCGCGUCUGAUUCUGCUUUUGCUUUCUUCUCCAUGGAGUAGUUCUUCCAUUCAUCUAGGUAUGGAGAACCCUAGAUUUGUAUGGUAGGUUUGAUUGUAUGAACCCAAGUACUGAUUCUAUGAUUGAUUAUAUUCGAUUGAGGUUUUAAUGAUUGAAUGACUUGAAUCCUGAUCAAAUUCCUGUUGUUUCUGCUUUAACCUAGAAUGAGAAUAUCUGCCUAGGUUAAUAGAGUAUCCUUGAUUGAAGGUAGGGAGUUGGUGACUUUAGUCGAGGAACCAACUCACUAUUCUGUACCGGAUUUACUCCGGUAGUGGAGGUUUCGUUCUUAGGGCCUCAAUCUGUCUACUCCGGUGGAGGUUAGUCGCCCGCUAGAGAUUCAGAUUGAGAGGGUCUGAAGACCUUUAGUCGAGACUUCAGGCUGUUUAAGAACCUUCCGCAGUAUAACCAUCAUAGAAACUGAACUUGGUAAUUACAAUCCGGCUUAACUGCAGUCUAGGGGGAACCAUAUCCGGGUGACCUCUUUAACCUGAAUACAACCGUUUACCUGCUUUGUUAGUUUGGUUAGUUUAGACUUGCAUUCCAGUUUCAUUGCUAGAUAACACGAAUUCACUGAGUAGUCAUCAAAUCUAGGACCCGGGUUGACAUAUAAACCUAACCCACUAUACUACGCUUUAGGAAGUGGUUUCACUUGGCCAAUUCCUGGAGUGACAGUAGAGUCGAGUCAGCGGCCUGGCUUGGAAAUACUAACAUUUAUGUGACCUCCUUCGCUCUUGUGCUCUAGAGAAUGUGAGUAAUGCAGAAUAGCAGAAAGAAAGUAAGUUGUUUGAUUGAUUGUGAUUGUGUUGGGUUUGGAAUUGUGGAACCUUGUGCUAUGAAUACUUCCACCACCUAAAAUGCCUUUUUCCCAUGUCCAAGACCCUAGCCAAUCAUCUGAACCUGUGUCUAAGACCUCCGGAUUAGUUAGUGGUGACACCCCAUAUGUGAACUCUAACAUUUAGAGGCUGCCUUCAUGGUGAAGAGAUGUUAGGGAUUGAGAGAAUAAGCAUGCGCAUCUUUCGCAUCAAAUUGUCCUGACCCCACUGGUCGAGAGUGAGCGAUUCAUUUUCUCAUAUUCUCUAUACUCUUUUACCCCGGUGAGGACCUAGAUUGCUCGGUCUCAAUUCUGAUAUCUUGUGUUUUGUGCAUGAGGUGACUGUAUUGGUCAAGUGGUUGAGUCAAGUCUAUGUUGAUUGGUGAACAGAAAGGAUUCCUCUUCCUUUACCCGAUUUUAUUGCACUCGAAUGUCCUCUGUGGUGGUUGUCUAGGUUGCUGUUGAGUUGUCCAUUUCGCAAUGAUCAAAAGCCAGUUUGAUCCACGUGUUCUGUGCCUAUAUGAUUUGUCCCCAAUGUUGGUAUGAUUGAAAUAUGUGAGCUUACCUUGUAUCUGACUUGGUUUGCUUGGGGACAAGCAAACGGUUAAGUGUGGGGGAAUUUGAUGACUUGAUAUAUACACAUGUUUUUGUCCACCAUUCUUACACCGUUUGAGUCUUAUUUCUCGUGUUUUAGGCCGAUUUCACGCUAGGUUGUUCUUGUUUGUGAUAUUUCAGGUCCUAGUACGUGAAUGAAGGUUUGGGAACGAGUUUGGGGUCGAUUGGACGAAGAUUGGACGUUUGGCGAGAAGUUGAGGAAGCCACACGGGCACGCCUAAAAACCCACACGGCCGUGUGACCUGGGCGUGUGGCACCAAAUUGCACGGGCAAGCCAAACUGGCCGUAUAGGGGACCCCUUGUGACCGUGUGGAAAGUCCAGGGAGCUCACACGGGCAGCUUGAAAAUCCACACGGUCGUGUGGUUUUGGCCGUGUAGCGUACCUGAAGCCACUUAAGUGAAACGCGACGUUUUGCACACUCUGGGUUUCAAUCCAAUUUUGAGCCAAAGGAGAGGGAAUCGACUUUUUGGAUCAAAAACGGAGUUUUAGAGAGAGAAAGUGUGAAGAACAAACCCCUAGGAGCUAUUUGGAGUGGAUUUCUCACCAUUGAAGCCCAGAUUGCAUCCCGAGGAGUGAAGAUUGACAUCCCAGAGCAGAUUCUUCCCAUUGUUAUGAGUAUGACUGCUUUGUAUUCUAUUUCUCUCUCUCUAUGGAGUAGAACUUUCUCUCACUUGGGUAUGAAGAACCCUAGUUCCAUGUGUUAGGAAUCUUGAUUGUAAUUACGUUUGGAUUGUGAUAUUGCUUGAUUAUAAUUGAUUGAAGUGUUUUGAUUGAGUCAAUUGAAGUUUGAUCAUCUUUUAUUGAUUUCUGCUGCAACCUGAGAUAGAUAGAAUCUGAUUAGGUUGUUAGAGCUUCUUCAAUCGGUAGUAGUGAAUCGAUUAUGCGAGAGUUAGUCGAUUCACUGCUUUGUACUAGAAUCUAAUUCCAAAAGUGGAGUUCUGUGUUCAUUGCCUCAACGUUCUAUCCCGGUGAAGACUAGUCGUCUGCCGGGUAGUUUGACUGAGAGGGCUUGGUCAGCUUAAGAGAUUCCAAGCUACUGUCGGAUCUUCCGCAGUAUAAUCAGCAGUAAAGCAACCAAAAGUAAUUACAACUGUGACCUAACUAAGGAGCUAGGGGGACUCAUUCCUGAGUGACUUUUCCUUUGCUUUAGAAAACCGAACCAUUUCCCGCUUUCUUACUGUUUUUACUUAAAUCAACAAUCACUCAACUUAGUUUGCUAGAUAACAUAUAUACACGGAGUAGGCAGUAGAUCUAGACCCCGGAUUGACAAUUAGAGCUUGCCUGUUAUUGCAUUUCCGGACUGCGAUUACACUUGGUUGCAGUUUGGUGUUGUGUUUUAGCGAGUCAGUGGCUGUGGAAUUUUGGAACCUUGUUGAUCUUAACCAUUUACGACUACAGGUUUGCCAUAUGCAUGUAUCUGUUGGUUGGCGGUGAUUUCUUUUUCAUGCAGGUCUUCCCGAGGAGGUUCUUAGUCGACUUGUAUUUGGAUUUUGGCGUGUUUGGAAGGCUAGGUGCUCCACCACAUACGAUGGUCUUCAGUUCCUCCCAUCUACCAUGACGCGACAAUUCCAUUCCCAAGUUGAAGAAUGGUCUUUUACUCAAGCGGCUUUGGCUGCCUCAAGUAGUUGUCGUUCACGUCACUCAGUUCCUCUCGGGGUCUGCAAUCCUACUCAUCCUCCAAUUCCACAAGGUUCUAUCCUAGUUCACUUUGAUGGAGCAACAAAUCAGGGAUUGGGGGAGGAGUGGGAUUUGUCGGUUUUGCAGGACCAGAUGACAUUUAAUUCGCGUUUGGAAAGUAUUAUAACUAUUUGGAUGAUGCUUUCAUCAUUGAGCUCAUGGCACUUACAGAUGCACUUCGAUGGUGUCUCUGGCAUUCAAUUUCUAAUGUCUUAUUCUGUGGUGAUGCGCAGGUGAUCAUUCAAAUGGUGAACCGCAAGGACUCGUCCCAUGCACAAGCUGGUAGCCUUCUAUCUGAAGUUCAGGUUCUUCGUGCCUCCUUACAGCGGUCAUCGUUCUACUUCGCCCCGCGUAAGUAUAAUAAGGCUACCCAUCUCGUGACAAAACAAGCCCUCUCAUCCUUGGAUCGUCGGUUGGUCGACCAACGGCUUUUCCUUAAUUCUAGCUUGUAAUUUUGACCUGCAAAGGUCCCCAUUUUUUGUCGUAUAUGUUGUACUCCCUCUCGGGAUAUCUUUUGCAAAAAAAAAAAAAGAGUUCACCGGCAUACAUCUUUGUCAAACACCGGGGGUGCUCAGUUAGUACGCUAUUGUUCGCUUUGGGCCAAACCCGCACUGUUUUAUUCUUGGGUGUCCUCCCCAAGAACUUCGUGUCCUUUCCUCAGCGAUUAUCUUGAUCCGCCAGACACCUUGUAUCGAUGGGCUUCUCGUUACAAGGAUUUUCCCAGAUGCGGAACUCUCUUUGAUCCGCCAAACAAACGUAGAUCUCUCUAGAUCCACCAAACAGUCGCGAAUCAAAAAUCUCGAGGUCACCCAAUGAGGGUCCCACCAAACUAAUGUCCACCGCCCCGGAUCCGCCGAACCAGGCUCUGAUACCACUUGUCGAAACUGGACAACCCAUUAGUACGAUAUUGUCCGCUUUGGGCCAAGCCCGCACGGUUUUAUUCUUGAGUGUCCUCCCCAAAAGGUUCGUACUAAUUGGCUUGGUGGACAUUAAUAUACAAGGGUCCCUUCCCUUGUAUUAUCGAUGCGGUACUUUGAUUGUCCCAUAACAAUUUCUUUUCCACUAUUAGUAACGAGUUUCACUUUUCUUUCUUUUAUAUUUAUACUGUGAAAGUUUCAUCCAACACAGCUGGAUUUCUCUGACCGUAGCCAGUGGGAAUCCAGGAGUGGCCACCCCGGGCCACAGCCCACCCCUCCUCUGGAUCCAAAGCUAAUAUAACACUUAUGCGUUU